AUGAACCAACACAACGCGAAUACUAUACCGAAACAAGAAAAAACCUCGCCAGUUAAAAAAACGCAAAAGACACUCUUUUCGUUCUUGGGCUUACCUACUCCAAGUACCAGUAGGCUAGACGAAAAUGACAUUGAAAAGGAUGAAAUACAAGAGCAAGAGCCUCCAACACCAGAAACACCCGCUACUGACAAAUCAAAUGUUGCUCUAGCUAGUAGUACAGAUAUAGACGGGUCGAGUUCUGGAAAAGAGACUGAGGAGCCAACUUUGGGCAAAAGAAUCCUAAGAGGAAGGGUUAAACGCAAAAUUUGCGUUUCAUCAGAUGAAGAGAGUGAGGACAAUGCUGGCUCUCCACAAAAACCCUCUGUGCAAAAGACAAUUCAAGAAACUUCAUCGCGUCGAAAAAAAACGAAGAAAACUGGUGAUGAUGAAUAUAAUGAUAGCAAUUGCGAUGAAGAUAGUGACGAUGCUGCUAUUAGUGACAUAGUCGAGGGGAGCGAUUAUGAAGAUAAAAAAUUUCGUUCUAAAAAUAAUUCCAAGAAAACUACGAAUAAAGCACCUGGAGAUUUAAGCUCUAUACAGAAUAAAUUAAAGGCUUAUUUUAAGGCUAAGAACGAAGAGCGUUACAGUUGGUUACAAGAAGUUAAGGAUGCUGAUGGAAAUCUAGAAGGAUCACCUGACUAUGAUUCCCGAACAUUAUUAAUACCUCGUUCUGCUUGGAAUAAGUUUACACCUUUUGAAAAACAAUUCUGGGAAAUAAAAUCGAAACAUUGGGAUACUGUGGUCUUUUUCAAGAAAGGAAAAUUUUAUGAAUUAUAUGAACGUGAUGCGGAUAUUGGACAUAAGGAAUUUGAUCUUAAGCUUACUGACCGCGUAAACAUGCGCAUGGUUGGUGUGCCUGAAAUGGCUUUUGAAUCUUGGGCUGCACAGUUCAUUGCCAAAGGACACAAAGUAGCGAAAGUAGAUCAGAUGGAGACUGCAAUCGGAAAAGAAAUGCGCGAAAAGGCUAGCAAUAUAAAGGAAGAAAAGAUUAUUCGACGUGAGCUAACAUCUAUUCUUACUGCUGGUACGAUUGUCGAAGGUGGAUUAUUGACCAAUGAGAUGGCAACAUAUUGCAUGUCGAUUAAGGAAUCAUGUCCCGCGGAAAAUGCUCUGCCUGCUUUUGGGAUUUGUUUUGUUGACACUGCAACAGCAGAGUUUCACCUCGCGUCGUUUGUCGAUGAUGUUGAUAGAACUCAGUUUGAAACGUUGAUCAUGCAAAUAAAACCAAAAGAAAUAGUGUAUGAGAAGGGGAUGCUUAGUCAAUUAUCAAAACGUAUCUUAAAAGAUUGUACCAACCGUCCAAUAUGGACUGCUCUCAAUCCUGAGAAUGAAUUCUGGGAUGCUAAUACAACGAGGAGUCAACUUAGGAUGUCUCGAUACUUUUCUAGUAAUCAGAAUGCAUCAAUUGCACAAGAUGAUGUAGAUAAUGAUGGUGACAUAACAAUGUUUGAUAAUGAUGAAGGAAACAAAAUCGAAACAUGGCCAAGUGCAAUUCAAGAAGCUUUAAAAGAUCCUCUGAUGUUAUCAGCUUUAGGAGGACUUAUUUGGUAUCUGCGUUCGUUGAAACUUGAUGUCGAACUUGUUUCUCUCCGAAAUUUCCAUAUCUACGAUCCAAUAUGCCAUAACACCUCACUUGUUCUCGAUGGACAAACAUUGGCAAAUCUUGAAGUGUUUGAGAAUAGCUUAGACGGAAGUACCCGAGGAACAGUAUUCCAGUUAUUAAACCGCUGUAUUACACCCUUUGGAAAGCGUGCUUUCAAACAAUGGUUAUGCCAUCCGCUUCGUGACAUUGCUGCUAUUGACGCACGUUUAGAUGCGAUCGAUGAAUUAAACACCAUUCCUGAUUUUCAAGAUAUAUUUACUGAGAAUUUUUCUCAUUUUCCUGAUCUUGAACGCCUGAUAAGCAGAAUUCAUGCUGGAACAUGUAAAGUGAAAGAUUUUUUGCAUGUAUUAGUUACUUUCGAAAAAUUGUUGAAUACAAUAGAGACGUUGAGUAGUUUUGUGAAUGGUUUCAAAUCGACUAGAUUGAGACGGCUAUUCGAAUCUUUUCCCGACUUGAAGCCAAUGCUUACACAUUUCAAAGGAGCUUUUAACCACGAAAAGGCGUAUAAAGAAGGCAACUUAUUGCCAUUUCCUGGCAUUGAAAGUGAUUAUGACGAAAUUAAUGAUAGAAUGGCGGAAAUUAAUAAAAAGCUUGACGAUCAUUUAGAAGAUGCAAAGGUGUUAUUAAAAACCAAAUCAAUUGUUUAUAAAGAUAUUGGGAAGGAAAUUUUCCAGAUUGAAGUUUCGAAUACAGUCAAGGUACCGGAUAAUUGGCAGAAAUUAUCACGCACACAGAAAGUCAAUCGUUAUUGGAAUCCAACUCUUCAAAAACUUGUUAGAGAUUUUCAAGAAGCAAAAGAAACACAAUCUAGUAUAUUGAAAUCUUUACAAAGUCGUUUUUAUCAGAAAUUUGAUGCACAUUAUCGUAACUGGCUUCUUGCCGUCAAAAUUGUUGGUGAAGUCGAUUGUCUGCUUAGUUUGGCUAAAAGUUCAAUGGCAUUGGGGGAACCUCGUUGUCGUCCCCAAUUUGUAUUGCAGGAACAAAGCCUUUUAGAAUUUGAAGAGCUUAGACAUCCCUGCUUUAUUUCAGGUGCGACUUUCGAUUUCAUACCUAAUGAUACAUUCCUUGGUGGUGAUCAACCAAAUAUGAUAUUGCUUACGGGUCCAAAUAUGGGCGGUAAAUCCACGCUUUUGCGCCAGAAUUGUGUGGCAAUUAUUAUGGCACAGCUUGGUUGCUAUGUUCCUGCAAGACGUUGUCGUAUGACGCCAUUUGAUAGAAUAUAUACACGCAUUGGUGCUAAUGAUAACAUCCUUGCAGGUCAAAGUACUUUUAUGGUAGAGUUAAGCGAAACCUCGAAAAUUAUUCACGAAGCAACACCGAGGUCUAUGGUUAUUCUUGAUGAACUAGGACGCGGAACAUCUACCUUUGAUGGUUACGCUAUUGCUUAUUCGGUUUUAUAUUAUUUGGCGACGCAUAUUGGUUGUCUUGGUUUAUUUUCUACACAUUAUGGCAUGCUUACACAAGAAUUUGCCAACAAUCCCAAUAUUGCACUUAAACAUAUGAGUUGCCAUGUUGAUCAAGAUCUUAGGGAAGUGACCUUCUUGUACAAGUUAGUUUCUGGUGUAUGUCCUAAAUCGUAUGGGAUGAAUGUGGCCAGCAUGGCCGGCGUUCCUAGAGAGAUUGUUGAUCGUGCUGAGAUAGUUGCUGCUAAAUUUGAGCAGACUUCAAAAUUGCAAGAUAUCUUAACUGCAAAUAGUUCAAAUGUACCAAUCACGACUUUAUGUGAUUUCGUGUAUCUUUUAAAGGCUGCGGCUAGGAAUGAUGGGUCAUCUAAAGAAAUGGAUGAUGGUGCCCUAGAUAAUCAGGCAGAUCAUAAAAAAGAAGAGAGGCAUAAUAGAGCGCUGAAGACAAUUAUCCGUGGAAUUAAAACAAUGUAA